GUUUGUGUUGUGGUUUUGGGGGAGGGAGGCGGAGGGGAAAGUUUGUUUAUUUUGUUUUUAGUUUCUGGGGUCCCCGAGCUUCGGGAAGGUGAAGCGAGCGACCGUGACACCCCUCGCCUUUCAGCCUCCCUGCGACAUCGCCUCCACAGCUUGCGGAGAAGCGGAGACCGCGGUCACCGCAGGGCUUCACAGCGGAACGACGCACACUCGGAGCCGGCGCGGCUCAGCGGGAUUUGGCUCUUUGCACUGAAUGUAACCUAGACUGAUCGUCUCAGGCUUGUGUUGCCCCAGGAUACUGUCAAAGGCAGUGUCUGUGUUUCUGCAGAGUUUUGCACAGAGUCUGUUCCCAUGCAAACCAAUGAGGGAGAAGUAGAGGAAGAAAGCAGUUCCAAGGUGGAACAGGAGGAUUUUGUAAUGGAAGGGCAUGGCAAGACUCCACCUCCUGGAGAAGAAAACAAACAAGAGAAGGAGCAAGAAAGGGAAGAACAGUUAAUGGAAGACAAGAAAAGGAAGAAAGAGGAUAAAAAGAAAAAAGAAGCCACUCAGAAGGUCACGGAACAAAAAACCAAAGUGCCCGAAGUGACGAAACCAAGUUUAAGCCAACCAACGGCCGCCAGCCCAAUUGGCAGCUCUCCAUCGCCACCAGUCAAUGGUGGCAACAAUGCCAAAAGGGUGGCAGUGCCGAACGGACAACCGCCAAGCGCCGCCCGCUACAUGCCUCGGGAGGUGCCGCCGCGAUUCCGUUGCCAGCAGGACCACAAAGUGUUACUAAAACGUGGGCAGCCCCCUCCACCGUCCUGCAUGCUCCUUGGGGGUGGAGCAGGGCCUCCUCCCUGCACAGCACCUGGAGCAAACCCAAACAACGCACAAGUGACAGGAACGCUGCUGCAGAACGAGAGUGGGACUGCGCCAGAGUCAACCCUUGGAGGUGCUGCUGCUUCAAAUUAUGCAAAUUCCACUUGGGGUCCGGGAGCCUCCUCCAACAACGGCGCCUCCCCUAACCCAAUUCACAUCUGGGACAAGGUGAUUGUAGACGGGUCUGACAUGGAAGAGUGGCCUUGUAUUGCCAGCAAAGACACUGAAUCUUCUUCCGAAAACACCACCGAUAACAACAGUGCCUCGAACCCUGGCUCUGAGAAGAGUGCUCUGCCAGGAAGCACCAUUAGUAACAAAGGCAAAGGGAGCCAGUGCCAGGCUACAAGUUCCGGGAACGAAUGUAAUCUUGGGGUCUGGAAGUCUGACCCUAAGGCUAAAUCUGUUCAAUCUUCCAACUCUACUUCAGACAGCAACAAUGGACUAGGAAACUGGAGGAAUGUGAGUGGUCAAGAUAGAAUUGGACCUGGCUCUGGCUUCAGCAACUUUAACCCAAAUAGCAACCCAUCUGCCUGGCCAGCAUUGGUCCAAGAAGGAACUUCUAGGAAAGGGGCGUUGGAAGCAGAAAAUAGUAAUUCCGGUGCACAAGUGAGCACAGUAAGUCAGGCAUCCAGGGAACAGCAGUCAAAGAUGGAAAAUGCGGGUGUUAAUUUUGUUGUCUCUGGCAGAGAACAGGCUCAAAUUCAUAACACUGAUGGACCAAAAAAUGGAAACACUAACUCCUUGAACUUAAGUUCACCAAACCCCAUGGAAAAUAAGGGAAUGCCCUUUGGGAUGGGCUUGGGGAACACCUCCAGGAGCACUGAUGCCCCUUCACAAAGCACUGGAGAUCGAAAGACUGGGAGUGUUGGGUCUUGGGGUGCAGCUAGGGGGCCUUCUGGAACUGACACAGUCUCUGGACAAAGCAAUUCUGGAAAUAAUGGGAACAAUGGAAAAGACAGAGAGGACUCCUGGAAAGGAGCUUCUGUUCCAAAAUCAACUGGGUCAAAAAAUGACUCUUGGGACAACAAUAACAGGUCUACGGGUGGGUCCUGGAACUUUGGCCCUCAGGACUCUAAUGACAACAAAUGGGGUGAAGGGAACAAAAUGACAUCUGGGGUCUCUCAGGGAGAAUGGAAACAGCCGACUGGGUCUGAUGAGUUGAAAAUUGGAGAAUGGAGUGGUCCAAACCAACCAAAUUCUAGCACUGGAGCAUGGGACAAUCAAAAGGGCCACCCCCUCCCUGAAAACCAAGGCAAUGCCCAGGCUCCCUGUUGGGGAAGGUCUUCCAGCUCCGCAGGAAGUGAAGUUGGAGGUCAAAGCACUGGAAGCAACCACAAAGCAGGAAGUAGCGACAGUCAUAAUUCUGGCCGUCGGUCAUACAGGCCCACACAUCCUGAUUGCCAGGCUGUCUUGCAGACUCUUUUGAGCCGAACUGAUUUGGACCCUAGGGUGCUCUCAAACACUGGCUGGGGCCAAACUCAAAUUAAGCAGGACACAGUGUGGGAUAUUGAAGAGGUGCCAAGGCCUGAGGGGAAAUCUGACAAAGGAACUGAGGGGUGGGAGAGCGCUGCCACACAGACCAAGAACUCAGGGGGCUGGGGAGAUGCACCCAGCCAAAGCAAUCAAAUGAAGUCUGGAUGGGGGGAGCUCUCAGCCUCGACCGAGUGGAAGGACCCCAAGAGCACAGGAGGCUGGAAUGACUAUAAGAACAACAACUCUUCUAACUGGGGAGGAGGACGAGCAGAUGAAAAGACACCUUCCUCUUGGAAUGAGAGUUCCUGCAAGGAUCAGGGGUGGGGAGGUGGGCGUCAGCCCAACCAAGGAUGGACUUCUGGGAAGAAUGGUUGGGGCGAGGAGGUUGAUCAAGUGAAAAAUAACAAUUGGGAAAGUUCUACAAGUAAACCUGUGCCUGGAUGGGGUGAAGGAGGGCAGAAUGAAAUUGGAACUUGGGGUAAUGGUGGGAAUGCAAACCUAGCUUCAAAAGGUGGGUGGGAAGAUUGCAAAAGAUCCCCUGCAUGGAAUGAAACAGGCAGACAGCCCAACUCCUGGAAUAAACAACACCAACAGCAGCAGCAGCCGCCACCACCACAACCAGAGGCUUCCAGUUCAUGGGGAGGCCCACCCCCACCACCUCCAGGAAGUGUUCGACCUUCUAAUUCCAACUGGAGCAGUGGGCCCCAGCCUGCAACCCCUAAGGAUGAUGAACCCAGUGGUUGGGAGGAGCCAUCUCCACAGUCAAUUAGUCGAAAAAUGGACAUCGAUGAUGGCACUUCAGCUUGGGGAGACCCUAACAGCUAUAACUACAAGAAUGUGAACCUAUGGGAUAAGAAUUCCCAAGGGGGCCCACCGCCUCGAGAACCAAACUUGCCUACCCCGAUGACCGGAAAAUCAGCAUCAGUCUGGAGCAAAAGCACACCACCAGCUCCAGAUAACGGGACUUCAGCCUGGGGUGAGCCAAAUGAAAGCAGUCCUGGGUGGGGAGAGAUGGAUGAUGCAGGAGCAUCGACCACAGGCUGGGGAAGCACACCUGCCAGCGCUCCCAGUGCCAUGAAACCCAAUUCCAAAUCUAUGCAAGACGGCUGGGGUGAGAGUGAUGGUCCAGUCACAGGAACUCGCCAUCCUAGCUGGGAAGAGGAGGAUGAUGGAGGAGUCUGGAACACCGCCGGCUCUCAGGGAAGCACUUCCUCCCACAACUCAGCAAGCUGGGGACAAGGAGGAAAGAAACAAAUGAAGUGCUCGCUAAAAGGAGGAAACAAUGAUUCCUGGAUGAAUCCUCUUGCCAAACAGUUUUCAAAUAUGGGAUUGCUGAGUCAAACAGAAGAUAACCCAAGCAGCAAAAUGGAUUUGUCUGUAGAUAAGAAAUUUGAUGUGGACAAACGAACAAUGAAUCUCGGGGAUUUCAAUGAUAUCAUGAGGAAAGAUCGACCUGGCUUCCGUCCACCUAAUUCCAAAGACUUGGGAACUGCAGACAGUGGGCCUUACUUUGAGAAGGGCGGCAGUCACGGUUUGUUUGGAAACAGCACAGCACAAUCGAGAGGCCUGCACACUCCAGUGCAGCCACUGAGUUCUUCUCCUGGUCUCCGGGCGCAAGUGCCUCCCCAGUUUAUCUCCCCCCAGGUUUCUGCCUCAAUGCUCAAGCAGUUCCCCAACAGUGGCCUGAAUCCAGGUCUCUUUAAUGUGGGGCCCCAGUUAUCUCCUCAACAAAUUGCCAUGCUGAGCCAGCUUCCACAGAUUCCCCAGUUUCAGUUGGCAUGUCAGCUUCUCCUGCAGCAACAGCAGCAACAGCAGCAGUUGCUACAGAACCAGAGAAAGAUUUCUCAAGCAGUGCGCCAGCAGCAAGAACAACAGCUGGCAAGAAUGGUGAGUGCUCUCCAGCAGCAGCAGCAGCAGCAGCAGCAGCAGCAGCAGCAGCAGCAGCAGCAGCGGCAGCCUAGCAUGAAGCAUUCGCCGUCUCAUCCUGUUGGGCCUAAGCCACAUUUGGACAACAUGGUACCCAAUGCGCUGAAUGUGGGGCUCCCAGACCUUCAGACCAAAGGGCCAAUCCCUGGAUAUGGUUCUGGCUUCAGCUCUGGCAGCAUGGACUAUGGCAUGGUUGGUGGCAAGGAGGCUGGGACUGAGUCUCGCUUCAAACAGUGGACCUCCAUGAUGGAAGGGCUGCCUUCUGUGGCCACACAAGAAGCCACCAUGCACAAAAACGGCGCUAUAGUGGCCCCUGGUAAGACCCGAGGAGGGUCACCAUACAACCAGUUUGAUAUAAUCCCAGGUGACACGCUGGGUGGCCAUACGGGUCCUGCUGGUGAUAGCUGGUUACCUGCCAAAUCUCCACCGACUAAUAAAAUCGGAAGUAAAUCCAGCAAUGCCAGUUGGCCUCCAGAAUUCCAACCAGGAGUGCCAUGGAAAGGUAUCCAAAAUAUUGACCCUGAAUCUGACCCCUAUGUGACUCCAGGAAGUGUGCUGGGGGGUACAGCUACAUCUCCCAUUGUAGAUACUGACCACCAACUGCUGCGGGAUAACACCACAGGGUCUAAUUCUUCCCUCAACACCUCGCUGCCUUCACCUGGUGCCUGGCCCUACAGUGCCUCUGACAACUCCUUUACCAACGUUCAUAGCACUUCAGCAAAGUUCCCUGAUUACAAAUCCACGUGGUCCCCAGAUCCCAUAGGACACAACCCCACUCAUCUCUCCAACAAGAUGUGGAAAAACCACAUCUCCUCCAGGAACACUACACCGUUGCCCCGCCCACCUCCUGGCCUGACCAACCCCAAACCGGCAUCUCCUUGGAGCAGCACAGCACCCAGAUCAGUCAGGGGGUGGGGAACACAGGACUCUCGGAUUGCCUCGGGUGAGGAGGAUCAGCCAAGCAGAAAUGGCUAUUUAAUACCUUGGGGAGGGUUGAAUGGAGGAGAGCAUAGCUGUCUGGUAGAAGAAGAAGCAUCUUUUAUUGAUGGGUCAACCUUGAGAACGAUCUGCAUGCAGCAUGGUCCACUGCUGACAUUCCAUCUGAAUCUAACCCAGGGCACUGCCCUGAUCCGGUACAGCACCAAACAAGAGGCAGCCAAGGCCCAGACUGCACUGCAUAUGUGUGUGUUGGGAAACACUACCAUCUUGGCCGAGUUUGCCACUGAAGAUGAAGUUAGCCGCUUCCUGGCUCAAGCUCAGCCGCCUACACCUGCAGCAACCCCAAGCGCACCUGCCACAGGAUGGCAGUCACUGGAGACCAGCCAGAACCAGGCAGACCCCGUUGGACCUGCGCUGAACCUUUUCGGUGGGUCCACCGGGCUCGGGCAGUGGAGCAGCAGCACUGGUGGCAGCAGUGGGGCCGAUCUUGCUGGCACUUCCUUGUGGGGUCCCCCAAACUAUUCUUCUAGCUUGUGGGGAGUUACGACGGUGGAAGAUCCCCAUAGGAUGGGCAGCCCUGCUCCUUUACUACCUGGUGACCUUCUAGGAGGAGGGUCGGAUUCAAUCUGAACUUAGAACUUUCAACUCUGACCUCGUGACCUUUUUUUGGAACAGCAGCAGCACUAACUUGACCUUUUCGUUUUUUUUUUCAACUUGCAAUAAAUACAUUUUUAAAAGGAAAAAAGAAAACGGAGAGAGAAGAAAGGUGGGUCAUUGACAGACUGUCUGAGCACAUAGUUGCCUCCCUUAAAACUUCAGUUUUUUCGUUUGGAAUAUGAAUCCAAAAAGAGAACAUAUCACUCUUGAAAUACUUGAAUCAUGAACGCCAACCUAGAAAGACAAUGUGAAGCAAGUACACAUACCAUUUAAAUUUAAACACAAAAAAAAUUAAAAAAAAUUAGUUUCUAGUUUUUCACUUUUUUCAUGUUAUAUGGAAGUUGUUGCUAAGAAACAUAUAUACUGAAAAAAAAAAUAGCUUUUUAACUUUGUUUGCACUGGGUGUGUUUCCGUCCUUAGGUCUACCAUGUUUGGGUGGGAGGGAAAUUCAAAAGAAUUGUUGGGGGAGGGGGGAGGGAAGACUUGACGGAGCCUCACUUUAAAAACAAAAACAAAAAAACUUUAAAAAAAAAAAAAGGAAAAAUUUUGUGAUUGGCUGGUUGAUAAAUACCAGUGUGUUCUGGCACAUGUAACUGCCCAGGCAUGCUCGUUCUGGUAUGUGUGUGCACGUGUGUUCAUGUGCAUCUGUGUGCAUCCUCCUCUGUCUCUAUGUGUGUGCCUGCGUCCUGCCUUCCUCAUCUCACCCCACCCUGAUUUCUCAGAAAGCUGCAUUGCUGACAGUUCGCAGGCUGGCUGGCCGGCCAUCUGCUUUUUAUUUUUUUUAACUAUGAGAACACAGGAGCACAGGGGGCUGCUGCAACUCAAGCCACUUCUUCGGGCUGCACUGAGACGGAGGGUGCUUUUCAAUGAGAGCAGUAGCCAGAGCGCGAGGUUCCCCAGCCUUCCCUUGACCUAGCAGCAGAGCGAAGCACUGCCAAGGCCAGCAGUCGGCGGGAGGUACCUCUCAGAGCACCUGUUGCUCACUUCUGUGCUGUGAAAUAAGCGGCCGCUGAGCACACGGGAGUUUUAAGUCCCAAGCAGGCAUUUUUUGCUACUUUGAAUGAGAACAGAAGAUUCCGUAAUUUUUAAAUCGUGUGAUGUUUCAAAAGCAGAAAAGCUGUGUUCCCACUUUACAAGUGAUCAAGUGUGAGAAUUUUUUAUAAGGAAUCAGGUAAUGCAAAUUAAAUAUUCUUAUUGGUUCUCGUUAUCAUUUGAGGAAAACGGCAAAUUGUGAGCAGCCUCCUGGAAGCAGCGCAGCUCCUCCCUCUCUGCUCCUCUCGCUGAGCAUUACCUGUGCCAGGCCGUGGCGUGUUACAGCACCAGGCCAUCACUGACAGAAACGUUUACUUAACGAAUGUUCUUAAACCAGUGUGUACUUCAGGCUUUUCCCCUUGUUUCUCUGUGUUGUGUUUCCUGUGUAUGUGGUUUUGCUUAGGCAGAAAUAACUUAGCAAAGACUUAAGUAUUGCACCUUGUUUUGGUUUUGACCUCUUUUAUUUUUCUUUCUUGUAAUGUUUUUUUUUUUUUAAUUUUGGUAUUUAAAGACUUUUUUUAAAAAGCAUCAAUGUAGUAGUUCUCUGGGCCGAACAGGAGGCAAUGUUUAAUCCACAGUUAUCAACAACAUGUAUGUACUAUGUUGGAAUCAAAAUAUAUCAAACUGCUUAUUGUAAAGAGAGUAAAAGCAAACCUGAAGGGGAAUCCUUACAUACAAAAUAGACGGUGGGCGGGGGGUGGGUGGGGAGAUGUGUGCGGGUAACAUGCUAGCACUUGUGUGGAUAUCCCAGUCUGCUCGUACUGUUUGUUCAACAUGAAGUGCCGACAUUCUGUACCAGCAAUUACCUGCCCAUUCCAACCCCUGGUGGGAGCAGACCUCUGCUGUCCUCUGUGACUUGCUGCUAUUGAGGACAAGGGAGUUUUUCUUUCUUUAGCAUCUUCAGUGAAGGAUACAACAAUGCCUAAUGUAUUUGACUUUCAGCUUGUGUAUUUGUGUAGGUGGGUAGGGUGAUACGGAUAGGAAAAUGAAAAGCAACAAAAAAACAACAAACAACAAAAUUGUGUUAAGUGGCUUUGUGAGACAGUGAGUGGGAAAUUCUGUCCUCCUCUCGGCCUACCCUGUUGAGUAUAAACCUGGCUUCAGAAGAGAUUGACAGGCUUUGUUCCCGUGGGCGCUUGUGCUUGCCAGUCUAGGAGCCCUGCAACACCUUGUUCACAGGGACUCUGCCUUCCUCCUGCUUUCUGGUUUCUAUCACCACCAUCCCCUUCCCACCUCUGCCCCUACAAAAUGUCUCUUUCCAGCCCCACUGACUCUUAGUGUUGGAACAGAGCUCUGUCGUGGAUGGUGAUGUCCAAGUGAAGUGCAGCUUAUAUUCAGAUAUCUGCAGACUGAAGGCUAAAUCUUAGCAUCCCCAGACUCCCAAGAGCCUAUGGGGAUUGUCCACUGCCGCUCUUGGUUCGUUCGUGGCCCUGCCUGCCCUCUCCUCCUCCCCCUCCUCCUCUUUAUGCCUGUUGGGUCCUUGACCUGCACUAUGGCUUAGUUGAGUUCCUUACGAUACUACGGUGAAAGCCGGGUGCUAGAGCCCCUCUUGUUUACAAGACAUAAUGAGGGAUUUGAAAUAUGUAAAAAUAAACACGAGAAGCUAAAAUGUUCUUCCAUCAUAAGCUUAAAGGGAAAAAAAACGUAAAAACUUUAAAAAAAAAAGACCAAAAAGUGCGCGUGUAUAUAUAUAUAUAUAUAUACACACACAUACAUAUAUAUAUAUAUAUACACACAUACAUAUAAAUAUAUAUUUUAGAUGAAGACUAACUCUGGGAGCAUUUAACAGUGUUUUUGUUUUGUUUUUAACAUUUAUUUUCCUGCUUUAAAAUUUGCGAGCAUUCUCAGGAAUUCUAGGGUAGGCAGCCAGUUUUUUGAAGAUGGUUUAUUUAGCCGUAUCUUAUCCUAAUAGACAGCUGUUUCUUUCCCGUUAGUAAACUUUUACAAGUUCCUGAAACUUCAAAAAGUUUAAAUGAUUUUUACUUACAAAAAUGUAAAAAGAAAAGUCUCCAAAUGUUAUUAUCAUACAGGGGGUCACACAUUUUAAGAUACAUAGAAAUAUUUUUUAAAAAUUAACCAAUUUAGCAGCAACAGGUAAAUUCAUUUUCUUAAAAACUGUGGGAGAAGAAUCGGGUUCUGUGAGCGCUGUCAUGGCCUCACUUGAGACUAUGUAUACCUGAAUGGGCGGGUGUUUGGUGUACAUGAGUAGGAUUGCCAUGACACUGUUAACUUCUUCUAAGGCUGGACUGACAUCUCCCCAGUCCUGUUUAUAUUCUCCGAUGCAACCCUUCUCCCUGUCUCUCCAGCCCCAUCAACAAAAGAAAGGAAUAAAGGAAGAAAAAACAGCUUAAGAAAAAAGAAUUGGCUCUAAACUGUGUAAGUAGUGCAGUUGUUGGAUUGCUGAGAAUCUGUGUAAAGAGUUAGGAAAUAUUUUAAAUAAAUCUUAAGUAUAAGCAUUACUAAAGGGAGAUUACCUAUGGACUCUUCUGUUCAUGAAGAAUGUCUGUUUCACCUCCGUCUGCUACAGUAGGAGAAAACAGAAGAAUCUGACAAGGAACGAGUGGUUUUACUUUGUUUUAGCUCCCAGCUACUGUUGUGCUUGUUUUAAACGCUGUUUUGAAGAUCUGCUGCUUACUGUCCCCAUCCUGGGUGGUGGAGAUGUGGAGUGUUUCCUUUCUAUUUCAGUGAUACUGAAUUCUCCUUUUGUAUUCCCUCCUGGGGCCAGAAGUCGUGGCCACAGCUUCUUUCAAACUUUAAGCUUCCCAGUGGGAAAGAAACUCCAGCUCCACAGGUAAAGUGAAUGGGUGGGGUUGCUGCCUGCAUUCUCUGAAACCGCUUUAGUGCCUUCGUACAUACACCCAGACAUCCUAAGUAGGGGACAAGUGUGUAUGUGCAUGUGGUCCAGUCACUCCACAGUUAGUAAGAUACUUGCCUGUAAAGGAAAUUGGAGUGUUUCUGGACAGGCCCCAAAGGCAGUGGGCUAAAUCAAAAUUAAAAAAAAAAAAAAUUGAGGAAGUUAAAUACAUUUUUUUGUCUGAUAAUGUGGGAUGCCAAGUUCUUUCCUAUGUUGUGUGCCCUCCAUAGGUGCUGACUUUUCCUUGUGUAGAAGGGUGGCAGUUCCAGUGAUGGGGAAAGUGUUUUUGUGCCGGGCCAGUGGAAGAAGGCUCCUGCUUCUCAGCUUCUGUUUUCCUGUCUUCCUCCUGCCCCUCCCUUCUUCCAUUUGUCACCUUUCUGGAAGCUUUUGUUAGUGAUUGGCAGUGAGCUAAGAAGAGGAUGUGGUGAGGGUAUCUAGAAGGUAGAAAGCCUUCCCUUCCCAUGGUAUUCUUUAGCAAAAACCCUGUCUACCAAGACUUUAGGUGACUUCGUUCUACAUGAAGAUCAAUGAGCAUACCCUUCCAGCACGUUCUGGCAUAUAUACCGAGGCUUGCUAGUCACCACUAUUUAGAUUUGUUUUGUGCACAUUAUAAGCAUGUAAGUGUGAGCUUUCUGUUUUAUACUAGGUGGGUUUUGUUUUAUUGGGUUUUUGUUUUGUUUUGGUCUUGUUUUAAAUGACUCCCCCACCCCAACCCCCAUGCCCCGACGGUUUCUUUGUGUAGGCCUGGCUGUCCUGGAUCUCGCUCUGUAGACCAGACUGGCCCCAAACUCACAGAGAUCCACCAGCUGGCUUUGUUUUAAAUUAUUGGUUAGUGGUAGGUAGACGUAUAUAUGUCUCAUGAGCAUCACAGACUUGUUUCUGUCUACCAUAUGAGUAGCCAAAAGAAAAGCACAAGUGGGGGAAAGAGUUGUCUUCCAUCACUCGGGAGAACCUCUGCUGCCGAUGAGACCCAGUGCCAUGACCCCAUUUAAGGGUUGAGAAACAGGUCUCUGGUACCUUGUUUGGGAAAAGAGAGAGAGAGAGAGAGAGAGAGAGAGAGAGAGAGAGAGAGAGAGAGAGAAUUUUCUGUCUCUUCUCUCAGCCCUUAAUCCUUGAACCUUAUUUUUCAUUUCCAACAUUCUUAAGAAUGAACUUAGCAGUACAGCAGUGCUAAUUCAUAAAACAACAGACUCAAACUGUAUUCUCCCUCAGUGUCCCUGUAAAACAUCACCUAUGUGUUGGCAUUCAGUUAGUUAUUUAUAGCCAACAGGAUUUGUAUCGCAAUGGCUUGUGUUCUAAGAAUUUUCCCACUUCCGUUGUGAAUGUAGCAUGUUCAAACUUGAAUGUGAUCUAGAAGAUUAAACGUGAGGGGAGAGAGGAAGGGGGAAGAAUUCCUGCUAAGAACUCGGAAGGGCUUUCCCAGUGUACCUACCAGAGACUGAACAUCAACUUCCUGCAAACAUCUCUCUUCUCGGAGUUUGUGGUGCUGGAGAGAGAAUCCAGGACUUUGCCUACACUAGGCACUAGGCGAGCACGCUCUAUGCCUGAGCCACACAGUUCCUCCAGCCCUUCUAUCACUGUUACCCUCUUCUUAGAAGGGAUGUGGUUUGUGUAGUGUUAAUAGUCAGAUUCUUCUUCGACCUCAGAUGCUGUGUACUUUCUAAAUUAUUUUCUCAUAUUCUGCCAUUUUGACUCUUAGUGUCUCUAUGCUGAGCAAAACGUGUGCACCAAGCCUGCUCUCCUGUCCAGUUUCAUAGGGCAUUUUCCGCAGGCCUGGCUACAGUAGCCAUCUCUAAGAUGAGGCACAGCGAGUCUUUGUAUAAAGAAGGUCCCUUUUUUCCCUGCCCCCUUUUGAGUUAAAAUUCAGCCUAUACAGCCCUGCCAUUUGUUGUUUUGGAUUAGAGUUUUUUAUUCUACAUAUAAGGUCUUCAACUAAGAGCAGAGGCACAGUCUUAGCUGUGGUUGUUUGUUUGUUUAAAAAACUUUUCUUCAGUGUUUUUGCCAAAUCACAGCCUGUGUCGGUACAUUAGCUACACUUCCGAUGUCACUGCAAAGAGAAACCUUGCUCCACGAUUGUGUCUGUCUGCAGCUAGGGUUAUUCUAGCCAGUGUGCAACUGUCUGUCUUUAAAUCCCGAUGGCCAUGCAGAGAACCUUCGCUCUUGAUCUACAUCAUCAGUCUAUAAGAAAACAAGAAUGUUCCCAGAGUUUGUGUACUCCCUGUAACAAUGCCCUCUAGGCUUAUUGCCGGUGCCAAAGUUACGCUGUCAUCAGAGAUGAUCAUCAUCAAAAAGUGUUUUUAUUCUCAAUCUUAAAUUUGACACGGGAUACCAUACCUUCUUUAGAUUUGAAAUGAUCGACUUCAAGAAUCUAAAAAUACAGUAAUAAUAAAACUAAACAGUGGUCCAGGUUUGAUGACACACACUUUAAUCCCAGCACUUGAGAGGCAGAGGCAAGUGGAUCUCUCUGAGUUCAAGGGCCGCCUGGUCUACAUAACAAGUCUCACAGAGACUGUCUCAUAAAGCAGAAAUUGAAUAUCAAUCCUCACUAAACUGCCGACAACAUCUUCCCCAGUCCACACUGCCAGAGGAGGACAUAAACAAGAUAGAAGAAAGUGAGAGGCACUAGUCAGUGGAGAGCUAGCUCCUACCAGGUCAGCAUCUACUCUGCCCCUUGUGGAUGGCCAUCCUGACUGGGUCCCGAGCAGUCGCGAAGUAUUUUCCAUCAUUUGAAUGACUUGGGGCUUUUUGUCAUUGUUGGUUUUUUUGAGACAGGGUUUCUCUGAAGCUUUGGAGCUUGUCCUGAAACUUGCUUUGUAGACCAGACUGGCCUCGAACUCACAGAUAUUCACCUGCCUCUGGCUCCGGCAUGCUGCCAUUUAAAGACAGUAGCCACCGCCGCCCUGCUGAAUGGUUUUUAAGAUAGUAGCAAAGUGACAGAAACUGCUGAUGUUUGCCUCUUGGCAUUUAAAUAGCUCUUUCUGGUAAGGUGGGCCCAUGGCAGGAAAAGGGCCAGUGGCUCUGCAGAGCUGAGAUUGUUCCUCAUGACAGAUUUACCUUUCUAUGGGCGGGGACAGGCCAGGUACACUUUCAUAAACAAGUGUUCUUUAGUUUUCAUGCUAUAAGUAAUCAGUACUUCGGAAAUAAACUCCCAGUUACAGUUGACCCAUUUCCAGCCAGUAUCAGUAAAUUGGGAUGACUUCUUCCAAAAGGGAAAUCCUUCCUUCCUACAUUUCUUUCCCUUCCUGACUUCCUGGACCUUCUGGUGGGUUAUUCAGUUCUUCUUGGGCCACCAAAAGGGUAGCCCUCUCCUGGGGGUUGUAAAGGGACUGGAGGCAGAUGAAACAGCCUUACUUUUGUGACUGGCCUUAAGGCAGGAAAAGGUGGUAGAUGCAGAGUGUGUAUGCCAAAAACAAAAGGGGGGAUCUUUAUGCAAAACUAAAUAGACCCUUGGGAAUCCUUCAAGAGAGGUCACAUACCUUGUAAAGGUAGGAUGGUCACUCACCAAGUGAUAGGUUUUAGCUUGAAACUUCUUUUUGCCAGAAGUUUGGGGUUAUGUUACAAUAAUUGUGUUUAAAACACUACCCCCUUUAAUUCUUUCCAAGGAAUCUCUUAAGUGUAGUUCUUCUGAAUGUGCCUUUGUCAGUCCAGAGACCAACCAUGGCCUGUCAGUCUCCUGGCAGCCCCAGGGACAGCUGUUGGAUUUUCAUGAGCGUCCAUUUUGCAUGGUGUGGUCAUGCUAAAGGGAUUCUGGGUCUUGGGCCUGGAGGUUAUGAGCAAGGCUCAGGUUAGUCCAGUACAGGUCAGCUGUCUACAUCUGCAUUCCCUAGUUUGUGUGUGUGUGUGUGUGUGUGUGUGAGAGAGAGAGAGAGAGAGAGAGAGAGAGAGAGAGUUAGUUUCUGUAAGCACUGGAGCAAUUGGAAUGAGGUGAUUUUGGUGACCAGUUCAUGCAUGUAAAGAAGGCAUUUCUGGCUUUGCGUUGCAGAAGGUGCAUUUUUUCACCCUCUGCCUUAAGAAGCCACGGUGUUCUCAAAUGCAAGUCACAGCAAUGUUGUUAUUUAUGUGAACAGGGUAUUUAUUGCAUGCAAGAAAAAAGGUUUUGAAAGAAUUGAGACCAGUGUUUAAAAAAGAAAAAACUCUGAAAUCAUAUUGUAGUUCUUGAGAUCUGUUGUAGUUAAAUCUAGAGAUGUGUAGUCUCUUUGCGUGUUUCAUGUUGGUUUUCAACGACCCCACCUCUCCCACUCCGUAUCCAGUGGAUGCCAAGGGCCCUGUCCACCACCCUCAGUUCCUCCGCAGAGGAAAGUACUCUCCUGGGUUCCUUCAGCUUCCUUCAGGAAGACAGAGGGAGGCUGCGCUCACUCCUGGUUGCCUUGGGAUGUAUUGUUAUGCAAAUGUGAAUUUCACUAGAGGUUGCUGGGUUCUUGAGGGGGUUUGUUUGUUUUGUCAACAAAAACAACAAAAGGUCCAGACGUGGUCAUCCUUGCUCCUUUUUGUAACCGGAAUUUGUAACUAUGCAUUUUCUGAAAAGGGGAAAGGCGGGGAGAGGGGAAAGAAGUCGAUCUGCAUCUUUAUGUUUUUCCAGUUUCUGUGUCCAUGGUAUCCUCAUGUCUGAGAGGGAAGCGGAGGAGAGGCUCGCCAGGUCAGCAUAGUGAGGGCAAAAGGGACCUCCCAGAUCCUGCCCUUUGGCAGGUCUAAUUUCGAAGCAAAUGCUGGGGGGUCUGCCAUGCCUGUCCACCAUUGUGGUGCAGGACUCUUGGUACUGGCCAUGCAGUGUUAACCCAGGGCAGCCGUGGAAGCUUACAGGCUCCAGUAUUCUCUGAACUCAGAACACUUUCAAGCUCAGGAAACCAUGCCGCACUCUGCUGACCUGAGAGUUCACUUUACAUCAUUCUGAAAACUCCUUCUCUUAUACAUUUCUUUGUUGUUAAUCAUUGUGAAUGGAACCAUUCCUAAUUAUGAGCUGAGAAAGAGGGCUGUUGCCUGCUGUUGACUGACAGGCAAGAAAAAAAAAAAAAGGCUUCCCUUCCCUGUUCUCUAUCCCUGAUCUCUGCUUUCCUGUACUGAACUGGUGGUGCAGUGAGGUGUGGGGCACCGGAAGGCCUUUGUACUUCCUCUUCUUUGUUCUAACAAUUCUUUUGUGGAGUUGGACUGUGAUAAAUCAUGGCACCUGCAUUGCCCUGGUCUAGGCAUUAUUACAACACACAGUAUCAGAAGCAAGAGCCGUUUAGCCUGUAUCGUGUUUUCCACAGCAAUCUCUGUUAUGUUCACAGUACUGUAACGAGUGACAGACUUGAUCACAGUCUCCUUGUGUCUGUGCGAGGCUGCACAGGCAUAAUCUUAUCAGGGUUCCAAAUCUGCUCGAUUGCCUUUAAACAAAAGCAAAACAACAAGAAAAUCCUGAUGUUUCAAGUGUCUGACACAAAAUGAUACCUCAAGGUAUAUUUCCCCUGCAAUGUAACCCCUUCACUCCUCUCUCCUUUUCUGACAUCAGUGAGCUAUUCUUUAUAAAAUACGGAUGUGUAAAUAACCAGAUAAGUCUUUGAAACAUUUUCUUUGCUGUGAAAAUAACCCUAAAAUAUGAUGUUUGCAUUUUAAGCCAUCAGAAGUUUCAGAUCUGAGUUCUUGUUGAAGAAGAAAAAGCAGAACAGGUCAGUGGGGUAGCUCUGGGUUUGUGGGAUGGCUGUUUUCUCGCAGUGUUGCUCCCCCCCACAGCACAGGACAGCAGACCACUGGCUAUGUGUGCCCUAACUAGGUGCCAUCUAGUCCAGCACCAAGGCUCUUUCACGCGUCCCAUCCCCUCCAGGGACUUGAGUUCUCCACCCCUUUUUGUUCACGAGCACACACUUCUUUCCCUUUAGUGUGGUUCUUUAGGUCCCUGUAGAGUUAGUCCCUGGUACUGCAGUCUGUCCUGUGGCUUUUUCAGCAAUGCUCUGGAAGUAUGUUUCUUACUUAGAAGAAAACUGAGGAGACCCUCAAACAACCCUGAAAGCCCUGUGCAUACUCAGAUCUUCCUCCAUGCUGUUUACAGUGGACAUUCUUAGGGGAAACACAUUGACACCUGCUGCUUGUGAGGGCCUUGACUGCUGCUGCCCUCCUAGACCUGGGCUCCCACGAGACAAGGUUAGAAGACUCCCUCUUUUAUCCCGCUUUAACUCGAACCCCUAUCUGUCAAGCUCUUUAAGUGUCCUCCCUGAUCUUGUUCAGUGACGACUUCCUUUGAGGGAAGAAUCUUGAUGAAAGUACAUGGCCAUCCCCUGCCCACCUUCUGACUGGCACCGUCCCGUCCCCUUGGAUUUUACUUCUGUAGUUUGUCUGGAGGCCCUUGCCUAUCAGUGUGCUUCCUCUUGUCGCUGGGGUUCUGCCUGCCCUUGUUUUUCUCUCUGAUGUUCCCAAAGGGCUUCGCUGAUGUCUGCACCUCUUUCCUGGGCGUCCCCUUACUACACCCUUUGCACACACCAGUGACCAAAGUGUAUGCAGUGGUCUCAACACAAGACAUCAAAAUGGUGCACGCACCUCUAGUGUGCUCACAGACAUGUGCACAAGAUUCUGCACCCUUGGCCUUAAUUUCAGCACGACUUAAGGUGCAGGAACAUUUUUAACAGGUUAAAAAAAAAAAACUUCUGGGAGGGAAAAUAAAGCAGAUCCAAGCGCUCAACCACGCCCACUCCCUGACUCCCAACCAUCUGCAUCCACCCCAGCCCUGUUCUGCGCAACCAAAACCACCAACAAAAAGCAACCUGAGGAGAGGUUUCUGGACUGUUUUAUCUUUCUCCCUUUCGACGGAGAUACAAAUGCUGCUUUGGGUUCCGUAAUCCUAGGGGGCUAUGUUUACAUAGUGAAAUUCAUUCUACCAAAUCAGGAAACCGUGAGUGGGAGACCCUUCAGUAAUUGGUCACUGAGGCUGAACCAGAGGUGAGAGGACCUGGGGCUGUAGCAGCAGAGGAGAGAUCCUAUUUAACUAUUGUGAUACCUGGUUCACUCCUUCCUUCUGCUCUCAGUGGCCCUCUUUGCCCCUUUAAUCAAAAGGUUCAGAGAAAGGCACUGGAAGGAGGCUGAAGUUUUAAGAGGCAGCUUUCCAUCUUUGCACACAGACGGAAGGGACCGUGAAAAAUCCUCUCAUUUGAAACACUCAGCAGAACAACCUGUCAAAAGGACUAAACCGCUGCACACGUUGAUGCUCUCUGCAAGUUACCUAUAAGUGUUUUGUUUUCUUAUACUUGAAAUCGCUUUUACAAUAUUAUUUUGGUGACUUUCUUUUCUCUCUUCUGAUGGGCAAUAGAAAAUGCAGGUGAUAAGUUUUAAGGAUAUUUGAGGGGAGAAAAGGAUGUGGCAUUGUCUUUUUUAACAUAGAGGUUCAGUCAGACUCCCAUAUGGUAAAGUUGCUUAUCUUACUGGUUUAACGUGGACACAGAAACUAGGCACUUUGGUGGUUCACUUGCACGGCAGGCCGGCCCCCUUUCUAUAUUUUAUUUUACUUUUUUAGUAUAGUGGUACUUAAAAUCACUGGUUCACUUAAAAAAUGUUAAACUCUACUAAUGUACAAAUAAGCUGAAAAGUUGCAUUUUAUGUGUAUUUUUUGCCAUAGCAGGUACUGUAUUUUUCAUGCUGGAUUUCAAUAUAUAUAUAUAUAUAUCAAAAGCAAAUAUAUAUAUAUAUAUAUAUCAAAAACAAACAAAACUGAAGGGUGGUGUUUUAUCGGAUUGUGACAGGUUGAAUAAUAAGGAAUAAAGUCGUAGUCAUUUCAUUAAAACUGAGAGAUGAUGUAACGCAUAUAUAAAAGUUUUCUGAAGGGUUUUUUUUUGGGCUUUUAAACAGCUUAUUUUGUUUUUGUUUAGUUUUUAUUUUAUUUUAUUUUGGAAAGAUAUGAUUGUAUUAUGUGCAACUCAGUUGCUUACAUUAUAACUACAAAAUAUUUUUGAGUUCCUGGAAAAAAAGAAAAAAGACUAAUAAAUGUGUUUGGCUGCUAAGCAUU